AUGGUCCAAACAACCAGAAUGGAAGUGUUUCCACUGGCUCCUCGCCAGCUCAGAAGCAUCUGCAGCAGAACCAACAGCUGAGGCCACCGAUAAGCCACGGGAAUUCCCAAGGCUUUCCAACUCAUAAAGUCCAAUCUCAGCCGUUGAGUUUCCAGCAGAGGCAGCAACCUAGAGAAAAUGCGACUCAACACAGCGAAACUGUGGGAGAGGAGAGCCCGUCAACAGCAGAUAGCCGGGGUUCUCGUUCCAAUGUUGGCUAUGGCCAGAACUAUGGCAUGCAGAUGCAGCCAACCAACUUGGGUUUGAUGAGCUCAGCUGCCCCAGGUGGUGGAGUGGUCGUAUCUUCAAGCAAUCAUGGUGAAAAGAAAUCACAGCAGCAGGUUCCAAAGGCUGGUGUGGAAUCUUUUCAAAACCAGGGUUAUGCUAUGACCUUUGCGACGUUCAACGGGGCUAACGCUGCUCCUUCCCUGAACAUGUCAUCGAUUGCUCAGAAUCACGCCAUGUUCCACAGCAUUCCCGAAGCAGCUAGGCAAGGUUAUCAAAUGAUGGCUGCGAAUGUUGCUGCUCAAGCAGCCCAACAGAAAAUGAACUACAGUGCUCCAUCAGAUGAUGGAAAGUCUGGGUCUAAUGCUGUUUCUGUGGAAGAACAAAGAAAGUCGGGAGGAGGAGCAACAGGGAAAACGAGUGGUGCUAAUGCUGGGCAGUCUAUUGCUUUCUCUAACAAACACGACUUGGCUGAUGCAUCUGUUUCUGCUGUAACGAGUGGUAGCAUCGUUGAUACAUCCCGCUUGCUCAACCUUGGUUCUGCUAUGCCACAGAGUUCCGGUUCUAUGCCGACGUCUCACCAUCAUCAGCAACAACAGCAACAGCAGCAGCAGCAACAUAUGCAACAGCAACAGCAGCAGCAGCAUAUGCAACAACAACAGCAACAGCACAUGCAACGGAGUCAGUCACAGCAACCUUAUACAACCAUGUAUCUCCAGAAGCAGCAACGCUAUGCAACUUCAGUCGCUGCUUCUGCUGCUAGAACCAAAGGGCCAGUGGCGAGUAAUGGGAGUGGUUUCGCUGAUCACAACAUCACCGUAUCACCCGCCGGAACCGCCAAGUUUCCAAAUGCCAAUUCCGGGUUCCCUCAAAACCUUGUCCAGUCAAGCAGCGGUCAGGUGCAGUCUCCUCAGUGGAAUAAAAAUUCACCGAGGACAACAAACACUUCCCAAGCUCAGUCUCCUUCCAUGCUGUCGCCGUCAUCAUCAUCUGUUGCCGCUGCAUCGUCCCUGAGAAACGUAUCGCAUAAACAGCAAAACCGUCCCCAGCAAUCGCAGAUAUCAUUUGCAGCGAACUCAAAACCCAUGGCUUCCGGUUCACCAGUGCAGCAGGUGCAAGGAGGUAGCAAUAACCAGGCUCCAUCUCCACCGAUGUUAGUUGGGUCGCCUUCUACGUCUUCUGUCUCCAAAAACGCCGGCGGAAGCCCAAGAACAACUGCUACCGCUUCGUCAGCGGGGAACAAAGCUGGACAAGCUUCCUCUACUACCCACUCAUCGUCUCAGCCGUCAAAGAACGUACAGCAGUCUGCAUCCGCAGCUUCUUCCGGUGGUGGAAGGAACAACGGUCCUUCUGUUCUCGGAAACCCCACUGCAAGCUCCGGAUCCAAGUCCCAACAACAGCAACAGCAACAGAUGCCAAAGCAUGGAUUGCAACCGCAAGCCCAGCUUUUCUUUUCAAAUCCUUACAUGCAAUCUCAGCAUCAACAACAUCCACCGCAGCAGAUCACUAUCUCUCCUUCCGGUGGUUACUACAUUCAGAGACAUCAGCAACAACCGGGUUCCGCAGCUGCUAGUCCUCCAGUCACUGGAGCUGUCACCGCCACUUCAGAUCCAGCGAAAGCCAUAGCCGCUGCUGCAGCGGCUGCUAAUAACAUGAAAGGAGGAGGAGGUAUGGGGAAGACGCAGCAACACCAGCUGGUGCCUCCAGGGUUCCCGUAUGUUCACGCGGUUCAGGUUAAACCUGUAGAUCAGAAGCAACAAGCGGCUUGUGCUGGCGAGACGAAAGAGACAGAGACUUAG